UGGAAGCUUAACUCGUUUCCGAAAUUGCUCGCAGCUUUCUGUACAAGUGAUUAUUAUGACGUAGACUAUAUGGACAAUAAACACUCUACAUAGUGCACUACUUAUCCACAUGUAGAGGUAUUAAAAUACAACCCUUAUUCCGCGCCCGAGUUCAGUUUUAAGGGACAUGUCAGUGUGUACACAAGACUAGGGUUGAGGCAAAGAACACACUUUUAAUAAUUGUUCUUAUGUAUUUUUACUUCUUUAUUUCUUAGAGCAUAGCGGCAAAGGAACAUGGCGAAAAACAGAAAUCUCUCCAACAUGGUGAUUGCGUGCGAAUGGGCCUCGUGUACUUUUAAGGGACGGAGUAUGGAGGAACUGAAUGAUCACAUGUCUUUACAUUUGAAGGAACAUCUUGGCGAUGGAGACACCAUGGAGGAGCUUGAUGAUUAUCAGUGUCUGUGGCAGGGCUGUGAGUUCCUGGCUAUGGGGAGUCCUAAUGAACUCAUUGCCCAUGCACACUUCCAUAACUUCCACAGUAAACUGAAGUUUAUCGGGACUCAGUUGCUCGAGUCUCAUCCUGAGCUUCCCAGCUGCACUCAGGAGCUGCACAGCAACAACCUGGUCACAGACAUCUCGGAAGGAUUUGUGUGUCAGUGGGAACACUGUGAUCAGAGUUCUUUUAAUAAUCCGGAAUGGUUUUAUCGGCACGUGGACAUGCAUGCACACUGCACAGAGUUACAGCCGCUCCCUGAUCAACAGCAGGCGCUCUUCUGCAGCUGGAAAGGCUGUGAUGCAUUUUUUAAGAUUAAAUACCGGCUGCGCGAGCACCUGCGCAGUCACACACAGGAGCGUCUGGUGGCCUGUCCGACUUGUGGCUGCAUGUUCUCCAGCAACACCAAGUUCUUUGAUCACAUUCAGAGACAGGCAGAGCCGGAAGAUUCUUUCAUAUGUGCGCAUUGUGACAAAGGCUUUGCUAAUGUGCGACUGCUGAGAGACCACGUUCGACAGCACGUCAAUCACAUAAAAUGCCCGCUCUGUGACAUGACCUGUACAUCACUCUCCACCCUGAAGAUCCACAUCAAAUUCCGCCACUGCGAUGAGCGCCCGUUCCCCUGUGACUUCUGCGAGAGCAGCUUUAAGAAUCAGCAUGAUCUGCGGAAGCACAUGGAGACUCACAACGAAGGAGCGGCUUAUCACUGCACUGUGGAUGGCUGCGGUUACUCUUCCCGCAUGGCUCACACCAUGAAACAACACUACAAGAGAGUACACGAGCAGGGGAACGUGGUGUCUAGGUAUAAAUGUCAUCUUUGUGACAAGAACUUUUCUUGGUGUUACACGCUGACUCUUCACCUGAGAAAGAAACAUCAGCUCAAAUGGCCAUCGGGCCAUUCACGCUUCAGGUAUAAAGAAGAUGAAGACGGCUACCUCCGCCUGAACAUGGUUCGCUUCGAGACUGUUGAGGUAACCGAAGAGCUGAUCAAGAACAUGGCAGAAAAACGCACGCCUCGCAAGCUCUCAGGCCCGAGCGCUCAGACUAAAAGAUCAGCACUACAGACGGAGAGCAUAAAUGAUGUUCCCACACCAUCUCCUGACCCCACCUCUUCAUCCUCAUCUGCCUCCUCUUCCAUGGCAGUGCUCAUGAAUGACGAUGAUGGUGCAGUUAAGGACGGAGCACCAGUGUACUGUAUACUGAACACUGUGACCGAAAUGAACGGGGAUCAAGACGACACAGAAGACUCGGGGAUGGAGUCUGGGGCAGUGAGAGCGCUGGCGGCAGUGGCUCGAGGGCUGGGGAUGGAUGUAGUGUGAGGACCAAGUGUUUACAUAAAACACUGCAAGUCACCUUUACUGUUGUACUACAUCUGAAUUGGAUCAAACAUGCAAAACUUGGAUGUGCAAAGAAGUUCAGAUUUUUUAGCAGGUUAAAAAAUUCUUCUGUCAAGUCUCUUUGUUAAAUUUGAUUUUAUGAUGUGAUUUAGUUUGGAAAUCCCUGGCUUUAUUGCUGAUUGUAGAUUUUCCUGUUUAUACUACAGAUGUAAAUAUUUUAAGCCAUUUGACCAUUUUAGUCAUCGUUUUAACUAAUUCGUUGUUUUUACAGGUUUUACGUAAUGUUUAUUUUACUUGAAAACAAUGUUUCUGUUUUAGAGAAAUUGAAUAUGC